CACGCGGGGAUGCGAAUCUGCGCUUGAUACAUUUCGAUUUCGUUGGCAAUUGUUAGGAAACGGGUGAAAAAAUGGAAGUUGUUUUGCACUCGGAAAUCGCCCGGGUAGUUUUGGCCUACCUGUACGAGCAAAAACUAAACCAGGCAGCGGAAGAAUUUUGCAAUUCCAGCCAACAUCUAAGGGAGGAACGGAAGGUGCUGAAACGGGGCUAUCGUCCAGUUAUGUAUUCCAGCCUUAAAUUAACGGAUUUAUUCCGGGAAUACAGCGAGAUUCAGAUGAAAUUAAAAAACUUUGUUGAAAAGUUUAACGUUGGAGUUUCAAUUCAAAGCGAUUGGACGCUAAUGAAGAAAGUUGACUUCCUGUUGUCAAUGGUGGCACGAAGAUGUAAUCGGAAGCCAAAUUCUAAAGCAGCUGUUGCAGAAGAGGACAGCGAGCUUCAGCGGAGACAGGUAUCGGGUGCAAAUGGUGCUAGUCGGCGAAAGCGAAUAAAUUUGUCGCCUCCACAAUCGAUGGCCAGUAGUAGUACCCCGGAAACUGGUGAGCCGAGGCUGAAGCGGAUUUGUUUAAGUCAGUCUUUCAUUGUGUUGAAUGAAAGCGCUGUUGCGGUGGGGAAUAAUUUGUCGAAUCUGUCGCAUAUCUCGCCCAUUGAGGAUGGGGAUUCCAGUCGGGAUUCGGUCGAAGAGGGCGUAGAUGACUGUCAGCCUAAAGAUGAACCAGAGAACGAGGAGGAGCUAAGAAAGUUUCCACCAAUCGAUCUGUUUUCGCAGACGUUGCUGGAAAACGAAAGCUACCCGGAGAAGCUUGCGGAUUUGAUUAACAAGGGGUUGGAAACGUCCCUAAAUCAGCAGCAGUCGGAUCCUAUGGAAGGAACUUCUCUGAAAGCAACGAAAGUAGAUGAAUCAUCUAAACAACAGAAGCAGGAUAAUCAUUUGCUGAAUUUUAACUUUGAAGAAUUGAUAUCCAACAUUGUCAACAAUGCGGUAAAAGAUCCAGUUUUCGACGACAUGAUGGUUGAUAUCAGCAGCAAGGCUGGUAAGGGCGAAAAUGAAAAAGAAGAUGAAGUGGAAGAACCGUUGCCGGUAACGGAAACACCACUCAAGGCCAGGCUGAGGAAAACUUGUAAAAAGAAUUACAACUUAUUUUCUGCGACGAAGAAAUCGACGAAAAAAGUAAGCGUAAUUUCGAAUGUUCCAUAUUCUGGAUCCUUACCGGAAGUCGUAAGUGCCGUCCCGCCCGAAACCGUUUCUGUUGCUAGAGACAUCGUUCAACCGACUGUUUCCUCUACGGCGGAGGAAGAUCCGACUCCGGCCGCUUCGACGACUCAGUUCUAUGUCAUUCAACCGGACAACUCAACGAAAGUGAUGGACAUCAACCAACUGCAGUUUCCUACCCACCAACCACUCAGCGUAGCUCAAACGAACACGCUCCCGCAGGCACCGCCAACUUUGCUACCCAUUUGUGGCACCGGGAUACCGGAGAACACCUACUUCAUAAACAUCCCCAAUUAUUACUUCGAUCCUAGCUCGCAGUAUCCGGUGGUACUCAACACUUACAACUCCUCACUCGCGGAACAGUUAGUAAGUAAUUCGGCGAUUUCCUUGGCUGACACAACACCCAGUCCGGACAAAUUCCUCAUUUUUCCUUCCUCUUCAUCAACUGUUGCUGUCAGUAACAGCACCUUAACGACGUCUGCUCUCAACACGUGUAACGUAUCGACGGCCAACACGGUCACCGCCAUCAAUAGUAUAAGUUCCGCAUUUGUACCGAUUCAAGCCAAACCGGAAGUCAAACGGACACCUCCAAAUUUUAUCGUCACCAACGCCGAAACUCGGUGCUCCUCUACGCCGAGCAGAAAAGCCUCACACAUUCGGAUACUGAACUUUCACACACCUGCCAAACAUCAGUUCCCACCGACAACGACUCCUGGGUCCGCUCCGGCUUCCGUAGAUCAUCGCAUAAUUUACCCGUCUCGAAUCCCGAAACUGGAGUGCAUUGAUGAGAGCUCCCAACCUCAACCGGAGCUUUUGAAUACCCCUUCCACUAGCCAGAUCACCCUCGCAGGUGACUGGGACUCGGUCCACGGCAUAGGGGCUAUCACUUCCAGCGCAGCCCCUGCAAAUCCAAAUUCCGUCUCGAAUACACCGCGAGUAGCGAAAGAUCCUCGUAGUUGCGUUCGAGUUUUGUCACGUUCAGCCAGCGAAGAUGGGGACAAACCGAACACACCACCGAUGGUUGAGAUACCCAUCACAGAAAUCCGCAAGCAAAUGCCAUCGAUUACCAAGACAAGAGUUACGGCUCCGGCUCAGCCAACCACGCCUCAACCGGUCAAUCAGAUCGAUAUGGAGGAGUGGCGACGAAUCCGUUCCGUUUCCAAGUUUAACUUCGAUCAGCAUCUGCGGCAAGUCGAGGAGCAGAAACAGUUACGCAGCAAAGUUCCCAAACCAAGGCGCAAAAAAGCUCCUCCGCGAAAGUCGCAGGAUACGGCUAGCGCCGCGGAUGCUUCUGCUAAUGCAUCGGCGGAAACCACUAUCGAGGGAGACCUAUCGAUAACGGAAGCGCACGCGCAGAUGCUCGAGGAUGCACUGGCUUCGGCUAAGAAAACCGGUGCCGCUGCUGGGAAGACACCGGCUAAGACACCUUCUAGCAGGGUGAAAGCACCGGCCCAGGACGAGGAAGAACAGCCAGAGCCGAGUAAGAUUUAUGUUAAGUUUACGUCCCCACGGAAGAAGACUCCGGCCAAACGGCGACUGUCGAAGAGUGGUGGUGGUGGUAGCAGCAGUAGAAAGUCGGCUAGAAAGAGAAAGUCUAGCAGUCCGAAGACGAAGGUCACGGAGAAAAAACGAACGGGGAAGGAUAAAUCAAAGAUAGUCAAACUGGAAUCCUCCAUUGAACCGGAACAAGAAACUGUAGUCGAAGAGCAGCCAGUUUCUGCCACAGAACCAACAGCUCAUUCUGAAGAGCAAUCGGUUCCUUCAACAGAACCACCAGCUCCACCCGAAGAGAAACCGACUCUUCCUUCAGAGCCACCCGCUCCCCCCGAAGAGCAGCCGACUCUUCCUUCAGAUCCACCUGCUCCUCCCCAAGAGCAGCCAGCCCUUUCUGUAGAACCGCCUGCCCCUACCGAGGUGCCACCGGCUCUUCCCGUCGAACCACUUGCUCCCUCAGACCCUCCCAAAGCGGUAAAAGAUCACCCCAAACUACUGGCGAAGAAAUCCAGUGCCGAAUACACACGCAAAGAGCAAGAACAGCAACAACUGCAGCAGGACACUGCAGCAUCGAACAAUGAUCCAACGCCCCAAAAAAAUCCAGAUAAGUCUGAGCCCGCACCGUUCCACAUACCGACAGACUGCACGCUCGCAUCUUCCCUGCUCAUGCAAACACCGUUCAAAAACGAAAUGGACAGUUUUCCCAUUACUCCACGGUUUCUCAUUCCCGAGCAGCUCCUGGACACACCGAUGACCAAAAUCAUGCGCGACCUCAAGGGUCUCGAUGCCAGCUCGUCGAUGACGAAAUCCUGCGAAAUCCAGACUCCCAACUUCCCCAUCACUCCCGGGUUGAUCAGUACCCCGAAAUCGACUAAUUCGGUGAGUCCACAAAGCAACACCGGGGGAGGAUUUAGCUCCCGCAGAACGGAUUACUCAUCCGGCAGUUCGUACUAUAAACCCGACGAAUCAGAAGAUUUAGAUAAAAAUCUCGAAGCGAUGCUGCACGGUGAAAGAAAGAAGCGAAUACAAUCGGAAGCCACCACUACAGCAAUAGAGGAACUCAAAUGCUCAACAGAAGAAGAAAUUCAACAAGAAACGAAAGAACAACCUGUAUUGGAGCCUGAUCCACCAGCACCUCCUCCGCCACCGGCGCCAGCGGACCCAAAUUCUUCGAGUUCUGAUUCAAGCAGCAGCUCUGAUUCCUCCUCCGAUUCUAGUAGUGCAGCCAGCACCCCUGAAAAGACACCCGGCAAAAAGCUACUUCCACCGACUACCGCAAGUCCAAAGACCGCCACUCCAGUGAAGUCUCCCAGUCCUAACGAAGUUCGCCGUCGUUUCCAACUGGCAGAACUAGAAGCAAAGAAGCAGCGAAUUUUAGCCUGUUUGAAAACAACUCAUGUCCCUCCUCUAAAAAGGAUCGAGCGGAAAUUCAUCGGCCCCCCUGCAUUUAAAAGUAGGAAAGUGAUCGUUACUCGUAAAGAACAAACCUUGAGCCGAGUUUCUGUGAAAGCAGCCCAGCCUCAAUCAUCCAGCAACCGAACCCCUUUCAUUGCGAAACCGCACCAAGCGACUCCUUAUCAAACAAGAUCUACCUCCGCCUCGUCAAAACGCAAAAAUCCCACGCCCCGCAAAAUUAUCCAUCUAGAUGAAGUAAUCAGUCCUGUAAAGAAAUGUUCACCCCGGAGAAAAGCGAAAACGACUACCAUUCCGGUUCCAGAUUCGCCCCAAGCCAAAAAAGUCCCCCUCAAAACAGACAACCAGCUGAUCGAGGGGACGUACGAAAAUGAAAAUCUCACGCGAUUAUGUUACACCCCCGAUCAGGAGCAGUCCUGUGCGGAAACGAAUCCUCCGGGGCCGGGCAAACAGAUUUACGCCUUCCGAAGUCCCGAUAGAGAAAAGGACGACAGCACGACGAAAAAUGAAGCUACUCCCGAAUCCAACAAGGAGAACCAAUCGCUGGAAGUUGCCGACAGGAGUGAUCGGACGGAAGCAGGUGAAGUACAAAGUGAGGAAGAGGAAGAUGUGGACGAUUAUGACGAGUGUUCCUUUAAAUCCUGUUACGAAGACACAGUGUCCGGUUGCUAUUUUGGUUUCGUUUUUGAUGAGGAAAAAUCGAUCCGCACCAGCGUCGUCGAAAGUCGGCUGAUAAAAAAAUUUAACAUCAUACUUGACGACAGAAAAAUUUGCCUCGACGCACAGGAACCAAUCUGUUUUUUAGAACAGCAACCAGUGGUGUUGGAGAGUUCAAAAAAGUCUAGCAAAUCCUCGAAAAGUUCAACUAAAAAGGUAUCCAGCAAACCGGCGGAGGUUCCACCCCCGAAAGAAUCUGAAGCAGCUUCAUGCGCUAAAACGGUGCCAGCUGUGACAGUCCCAGUGAAAGCCAAAUUUAACGUCAUAUCGGCAGUGAGGAAUUCAAAGCAUACGACAACGGGGGGAGCAUCCGCGCAACACCGGAGUUCAUCAGUCGGUGAAGUUAAAAAACAGCCCCGGGAAUCAGUGACGUCCAGGCCGUACCAGGGCAAGGAAACGGGUUCUAAAAUUGACGAGCAACGAGGGAAUGAUAAAAAAUCAACUGCCGCAGCAACUGUCGAACCGAGCAAAAGGACAGAACACAGUAGAUCUCCGUCCCCAAAAAUGCCGCUAAAACUGGACAUGAAAAAGCGCCAACAAGCACAACAGUCAGUUCUAUCGAGUGCUAUCGUACCGAAACAACAGCCAUCGCAACCGGCAUCACCAGCGAGGCAAGCGUCCUCUCCUGUGCCGCCAGAGAUUCCUUUGAAAAAGGAAUCGAAACAGACAAAAGAUAUACCAGAAUACGACAUUGCCGAAGUGCUUACCCUCAUACAUGGGUAGUGGCCGGCAGUGAUCCUGAGUGAUCUAGAUAAUGUCCUUACGUGAACUAUUAUUUGACGAAAGCUUACAUCCUUGUACCUAUAGCAUCCGUUGGUAAUUUAGAAAACAAGGUUUUUCUCCGUUAACUCGUAUGAUUAAUCGCUUCUUUCUGUUGCAAGUACAAUUUAGUAGGCGCAGUUUAGUACUGUACAACAUUUGCAUAGUUUAUGCAAAUGUGUAUACUAGUUUAGUAAUACAAAAAACGCUUUUAUUA